AUGAAAGACGCCCGAGCAACUAAGAGGAGGAGGGUCUCCACGGACGUUGAUGGAGAUAUGGAGAUGGGAAACGAUAAUCAAGACGUCUUCGCUGUCCCAUCAUCUCCCGACAACGACAGAACUUCUCCCACACCGGUGAAAAGUGCGCCACGGCGUCGAUCUAUCGCAGCGAAGACAGGCCAAGAUGGCGAGGACGAGAAAGGCGAGGUACAAACACCCGCGCGGGUUGGGACACGUUCAAGUGGGCGGCAGCGCAAAACACCAAAAAGGUACGAAGAAGAGGUCGUAACACCUUCAUCGAGGAGAAAACCAGCAGCUACUCCACGAAGUGCGCGUGCCACCCGAAGCGCGCAAAAGCCGCGACGAUCUCCGGUAGAAGGUGAAGAUGAGGCUGAAGUCGAAGAGGAGGACGACGACGAGGAGGAAGAGGAUGACGACGAUGAUGACAUGGACCUCGACGAGUCGUCCCCGGAACCUGCCCCUCGUACAAGUACAAGGACCAGAUCGAAGAGAAGCACCGCGAAACCUAGACCCAGACCCAAGAAAGCCUCGGCCGCAGAGCCGAAAGAGAAGUCUCCUUCGCCAGAGUACCAUGACGGCUUAGAUGACCUCGUUACGAUGGAACUCCAGCAAGAUCUUUAUCAUGAGCCGGAGGUGCAUGAGACCGUCGAUAUUUCUGAGCCGUUGCCAGAAUACGUCGAAAAAUUACAAGCGCUCUUUCAGACGGGUCUUGGGGACGAAAUGCGCAUUCUCUCGACUAUAAUGCUCGAAAAGCUGUCAGGAAAACGACAGAUUCCAGUGCGAGGACUCGAACCGGAAUACCAGAAAGUUCAUCAGCUCGUUGAGCAGACUGUCUCCAUUGGUGAGGGUAACUCCAUGCUUCUCCUUGGAUCCAGAGGAUGCGGCAAGACCGCGAUUGUGGAAUCCAUCAUCUCGUCCCUUAGAAAGGAACACACCAAUGAUUUCCACGUAGUACGUCUCAAUGGAUUCUUGCACACAGACGACCGUCUAGCUUUGCGAGAGAUGUGGCGCCAACUUGGCCGUGAGAUGCAUACCGAGGAUGAUGCGGCCAAGGUCAAUUCUUACGCAGAUACGAUGGCGACGCUCUUGGCUUUAUUGUCGCAUCCAGAGGAGCUCUUUGGGGCUUCUGGUGACCCGGGAUCGAAGACUGCUGCAAAAUCCAUCGUGAUUCUGUUAGAUGAGUUCGAUCUAUUCGUCACUCACCCCCGACAGACUCUGUUGUAUAAUCUGUUUGAUAUUGCCCAGGCCCGCAAAGCCCCCAUCGCGGUCAUUGGGCUCACUACAAAAGUUGACGUAACCGAAAUGCUCGAGAAGCGUGUCAAGAGUCGAUUUAGUCAUCGAUAUACUUACGUCCCUCUGCCUCGAUCCUUCGAGGCCUUUUCGGAUAUCUGCCUAGGGAGCCUGGAUCUCAGUGAUGCGGAAAUGGUUGAUAUUGCAAAUGAACUUGGGCCUAAUCGCGCUCUAGUUGAGUCAAACAAAUGGAAGACACUGCUGGAGGGAUGGAAGGAAUAUUUGAAGCAUAUGUGGGAUGACAAAGAAUUCCAAUUCCACCUCAAGCGUAUCUACAACCAAACCAAAUCAGUGAAGGAGUUUUUCAACAGCGCACUUCUGCCCAUCAGCGACUUGCUACAAAGUGUAUCAACCGCUGAGACACCUACACUCGAAGUCCCAACCGCGAAAAGCUUCGCUUCCCAAUCCCUUGAUUGCCCCGACCCAGCACCUCUUCCUUUCUCCACGUCCAUCACAUCAUCCAGUCCUUCCUCGUUGCCACUGGCUUUGUUGGUAGCCGCAACACGCUUGGCAGCCCUGUUCGACCCCGGAAACGACGGCUCCCAGUCACAGAGCAUGUCACCACUUGCGCUUUCUUUUCCCGCCGCAUACGCAGAAUAUGUUCGGCUCCUAACCUCCGCAAAGAUAUCUGCCUCGGUGUCAGGAGCUGCUGCCACGCCAGGCCGUGUCUGGGGCCGAGAUGUCGCUAGAGAGUCCUGGGAAAAGCUGCUCAGCUGGGGACUUGUGACUCCUGUGGGCAGUGGAAAUGGCACUGCUGACGGGCAGAUGUUCCGUGUGGAAAUCAGUUUCGAGGAGGUCAUUGAAAUGGCAGGCUCCGGAGGUGCUUUGGGCCAGUGGUGGCGCGAAUAA